GGUUGCUCGCGCUCACUCCCUGGCUGGGAGUUUUUUCACAUUGAUGGUUUGACGGCAGUAGUUUUGGUCUUCGCACCGGAGGGUGAAACUGUCCUGGAAAAACAAACAAAAAAAAGCUACCGGGAUAGUUUCUUUUUAGGCCUUUGCAGCGGGAUUUUUGGAGUAAACCGCCUUAAGUGGUAGGAGAGCCAGUAUUUUUUCUCUUGGAUAGUGGUCUAAAGUUGUCACCAUGCCGGUUUUUCACACGAAGACGAUAGAAAGUAUUCUGGAGCCGGUGGCUCAGCAGAUAUCCCAUCUGGUGAUAAUGCACGAAGAAGGUGAAGUUGACGGGAAAGCUAUUCCAGAUCUGUCGGCGCCGGUUGCUGCCGUGCAGGCGGCUGUUAGCAACCUUGUCCGGGUGGGUAAGGAGACUGUACAAACCACAGAGGACCAGAUCAUGAAAAGGGACAUGCCACCAGCUUUUAUCAAAGUGGAGAAUGCAUGCACUAAGCUGGUGCAAGCUGCCUCCAUGCUGAAAGCCGAUCCAUACUCUGUUCCUGCUCGGGAUUACCUCAUCGAUGGCUCCCGGGGGAUCCUCUCUGGGACCUCUGACCUGCUCCUGACCUUUGAUGAGGCCGAGGUCCGCAAAAUAAUCCGUGUAUGCAAAGGCAUCCUUGAGUACCUGACAGUGGCAGAGGUGGUGGAGUCUAUGGAGGACCUGAUCACAUACACUAAGAACCUGGGACCAGGAAUGACAAAGAUGGCAAAGAUGAUAGAUGAGCGACAGCAGGAGCUGACCCACCAGGAGCACCGUGUGAUGCUGGUCAACUCAAUGAACACAGUCAAAGAGCUGCUGCCCAUCCUCAUCUCAGGUAUCAAAAUAUUUGUGACAACCAAGACAUCUGGCAGCCAGGGUGUGGAGGAGGCCUUGAAGAACCGUAACUUUACUUUCGAGAAGAUGAGUGCCGAGAUAAACGAGAUCAUCAGAGUGCUGCAGCUUACGUCCUGGGAUGAAGAUGCCUGGGCCAACAAGAAGGACACAGAGGCCAUGAAAAGGGCUCUGGGGCUCAUCGACUCAAAGAUGGCUCAGGCUAAGAACUGGCUGAGGGAUCCAAACGCUCAACCAGGGGACGCAGGUGAGCAGGCCAUUCGACAGAUCCUUGAUGAAGCUGGGAAAGUCGGUGAGCUGUGUGCUGGGAAGGAGCGCAGAGAUAUCCUGGGCACGGCCAAGACCCUGGGCCAGAUGACUGACCAGGUGUCUGAGAUGAGGGCCAGAGGUCAGGGGGCAUCCCCUGCCGCCAUGCAGAAGGCUCAGCAGGUCUCCCAAGGGCUUGACGUGCUAACCGGCAAGGUGGAAAAUGCUGCUCGCAAACUGGAGGCCAUGACUAACUCCAAGCAGGCUAUCGCCAAAAGGAUUGAUGCUGCACAGAACUGGCUGGCAGACCCUAAUGGUGGGCCAGAGGGAGAGGAGAAUAUCAAAGCCCUGCUCACUGAGGCCAAAAAGAUUGCAGACAUGUGUGAGGAUCCCAAAGAAAGAGAUGACAUUUUGCGUUCUAUUGGAGAGAUUGCCGCCAUGACUGCCAAGCUCUCUGAUCUCAGAAGACAGGGUAAAGGUGACACUCCUGAGGCCAGAGCUUUGGCUAAACAGAUCGCAACAGCUCUGCAGAACCUGCAAUCCAAGACCAACAAAGCUGUGGCCAACAGCAGGCCUGCAAAGGCAGCUGUUCAUUUGGAGGGAAAGAUAGAGCAGGCGCAACGCUGGAUUGACAAUCCCACCAUGGAUGACAGCGGUGUCGGCCAGGCAGCCAUCCGCGGCCUGGUGGCAGAGGGCCGCAGGCUGGCCAAUGCUCUGCCAGGCCCAUACAGGCAGGAGCUACUGGGUAAAUGUGAGCAGGUGGAGCAGCUCAUGGCCCAGCUGGCUGACCUGGCUGCCCGUGGUGAGGGUGAUUCCCCUCAGGCACGUGCUGUGGCUAAGCAGCUCCAGGAGGCCUUGAAAGACCUGAAAGGGAAAAUGCAAGAGGCAAUGACUCAGGAAGUUUCUGACAUCUUCAGUGACACCACCACCCCCAUCAAGUUACUGGCAGUGGCUGCUACCGCGCCUCUGGACGCCCCCAACAGAGAUGAGGUCUUUGAUGAAAGGGCUGCCAACUUUGAGAACCACGCCAAUAAGCUUGGCACCACAGCAGAGAAGGCUGCCGCUGUCGGCACUGCCAACAAGAGCACAGUGGAGGGAAUCCAGGCUGCCGUCAAGUCAACAAGAGACUUAACACCACAAGUGGUAUCUGCUGCUCGUAUUCUGCUGAGAAACCCUGGCAACCAAGCUGCGUAUGAACAUUUUGAAACCAUGAAGAAUCAGUGGAUUGACAAUGUGGAAAAAAUGACAGGUUUGGUGGACGAGGCCAUCGACACCAAAUCUCUACUGGAUGCCUCAGAGGAGGCCAUCAAGAAGGACCUGGAUAAGUGCCGUGUGGCCAUGGCCAACCACCAGCCUCAGAUGCUGGUCGCCGGCGCCACCAGCAUCGCCCGCAGAGCCAACCGUAUCCUCCUGGUGGCGAAGCGAGAGGUGGAGAACUCUGAGGAUCCUAAAUUCAGGGAGGUGGUGAAGGCUGCAUCUGAUGAAUUGAGCCAGACAAUUUCUCCCAUGGUGAUGGACGCUAAGGCAGUGGCUGGAAAUAUCCAGGAUCCAACUCUUCAGAAAGGCUUUCUGGACUCAGGUUAUAAGAUUCUUGGUGCUGUAGCAAAGGUAAGGGAGGCUUUCCAGCCACAAGAGCCAGACUUCCCACCACCACCUCCUGAACUGGACCAGCUUAAUCUUAACGAUGAGGCAGCACCACCCAAGCCUCCUCUUCCUGAGGGUGAGGUUCCUCCCCCCAGGCCUCCUCCUCCAGAGGAGAAAGAUGAGGAGUUCCCUGAGCAGAAGGCUGGUGAUAUGGUUAAUGAACCCAUAAUGGUGGCUGCCAAGCAGCUCCACGAUGAAGCCCGCAAAUGGUCCAGCAAAGGAAAUGACAUCAUUGGUGCUGCCAAACGAAUGGCCUUGCUCAUGGCCGAGAUGUCACGUCUGGUGCGUGGAGGCAGCGGAAACAAGCGAGCCCUCAUCCAGUGUGCCAAGGACAUUGCUAAGGCUUCUGAUGAGGUCACACGGCUGGCUAAGGAGGUGGCCAAGCAGUGUACUGACAAGCGUAUCCGGACCAACCUCCUCCAGGUGUGUGAACGCAUUCCCACCAUCAGUACUCAACUCAAAAUCCUGUCCACAGUCAAGGCCACCAUGUUGGGUCGUACCAACAUCAGUGAAGAGGAGUCAGAGCAGGCUACUGAGAUGUUGGUCCACAAUGCUCAGAACCUGAUGCAGUCUGUGAAGGAGACAGUCAGGGAGGCCGAGGCAGCUUCCAUUAAGAUCCGGACGGAUGCAGGUUUCACCCUCCACUGGGUCAGGAAGACUCCCUGGUACCAGUAA